AUGGCUCUGAUCCUGCAUACUGGCCAAGGAAACAAAAAUGCUUACAAAGCACUCAUUGCUGCUGAGUAUGCUUCUGUUCAAGUCCAAUACGCCCCUAAUUUUGAGUUUGGUGUCUCUAAUAAAACUCCUCAAUUUCUCGCCAUGAAUCCUCUUGGCAAAGUUCCUGUUUUGGAAACCCCACACGGUCCUGUCUUUGAGAGCAAUUCUAUUGCUCGCUAUGUUGCCCGAUCCAAGGAUGACAACACUCUCUAUGGAUCUUCUUUGAUCGAAUAUGCUCAAGUUGAACAAUGGAUUGAUUUUUCAUCUUUUGAGCUUGAUUCCAAUAUUCAGAGGUGGUACUACCCUAGAUUUGGAUAUGGAACAUACUUUCCUCCGGCCGAGGAGGCUGCAAUUACUGCCGUGAAGAGAGCAUUGACUGCUUUGAACACUCACCUUGCCUCCAAUACUUACUUGGUUGGCCAUUCUGUCACUCUAGCUGACAUCAUUAUGAUAAGCAAUUUGUAUUUUGCUUUCACUAGAAUCCUGGUCAAGACCUUCACCUCUGAGUAUCCUCAUGUCGAGAGAUACUUCUGGACUUUGGUCAACCAGCCAAACUUCCGCAAGAUAUUAGGCCAGGUCAAGCAGGUUGAAGCUGUACUGCCCGUUCAAUCUGCAAAGAAGCCUGCCCAGCCAAAGGACUCUAAGCCCAAGGACCAACCGAAGAAGGUUGCAGAAAAGCCCAAGGAACCAGAGGCAGAAGAGGAGGAGGCGCCCAAGCCCAAACCCAAGAAUCCACUUGAUCUCCUUCCUCCUAGUAAGAUGGUUCUGGAUGACUGGAAAAGACUUUACUCAAACACUAAAACCAACUUCAGGGAGGUUGCAAUCAAAGGAUUUUGGGAUAUGUAUGAUCCUGAAGGAUACUCUCUCUGGUUCUGUGAUUACAAAUACCAAGAUGAGAACACUGUUUCCUUUGUGACUUUGAACAAGGUUGGUGGAUUUCUUCAGCGGAUGGAUUUGGCCCGCAAGUAUGCAUUUGGUAAGAUGCUUAUAAUUGGAUCUGAGCCACCUUUUAAGGUGAAGGGACUGUGGCUUUUCCGCGGGCAAGAAAUCCCAAAGUUUGUGAUGGAGGAAUGCUAUGACAUGGAGCUGUAUGAAUGGACUAAGGUGGACAUAUCAGAUGAGGCUCAAAAGGAGAGGGUCAGUCAGAUGAUUGAAGAUUUCGAACCUUUUGAGGGGGAGUCUCUUUUGGAUGCCAAGUGCUUCAAGUGA